AUUUCUCUUCCCCACCUUUCACAAGCACAAUGAAACAAAAGGCAAGAGGAUUAGUAGCGCAGGUUUGGGGCUUGUUUGUUUCAUCUCCUUAGAAGCUAAAAUGACAGAACUGAGGCUAUUGUACUUUGGUCAAAUCAUAAGAUUCUCUGGAAAAGUCAAUAAUGCUAGGAAAAGUUGAAGGAAGGAAGAAAAGAGAAAAACUCAAAAUGCUUGACUCAAACGAAGUCACAACCUCCAGUUUGCAAGAUUUGAGCAACUCUGUUAAUGAUAAGACGUUUUGGAGGUCUUUUAUCCAUGAGAUCGGAAGCGACUUGAGGGCACAUCUCUCUCUCUCUCUCUCUCUCUCACACACACACACACACACACACACAUUAAAAAACAAUAAUGAGCGCAGCAAAAGUCAUUUACGAGAGCUUGCCCAAGAACGUACGUUCCCACAAAGGAGUCCAUGUUUAACGCUUGACACCGCGGAACUGCAAUUCCCACAAUCCACCACGGGACACACAGCCCCGCUCUCACGGCAAGCAAUAGACAUGCAGCAAGGUGGCUCUUGUUUUCUCUCAGAGACUCGUUUUCCCGGCAUGCCCUGGGCUACCUUCUGAGCAUGCGUACUACGGCCUGAGCUGUCGCUUCUUUUGUAGUGACCGAGGCGGCGGCGCUCGCCAUGGAGUCCUAUGAUGUGAUCGCAAAUCAGCCCGUGGUGAUCGAUAACGGCUCUGGCAUGAUCAAAGCUGGCUUUGCGGGGGAUCAAAUACCCAAGUACUGUUUUCCUAAUUAUGUGGGCAGACCAAAACAUGUUCGUGUCAUGGCCGGUGCAUUGGAAGGUGACAUUUUCAUUGGACCAAAAGCAGAGGAGCACCGAGGUCUCCUUUCUAUCCGCUAUCCUAUGGAGCAUGGCAUCGUGAAGGACUGGAAUGACAUGGAGCGUAUUUGGCAGUAUGUGUACUCAAAAGACCAGCUCCAGACUUUCUCCGAAGAGCAUCCUGUGCUCCUGACAGAAGCUCCACUGAACCCCCGAAAGAACCGCGAACGAGCUGCUGAAGUUUUCUUUGAGACCUUUAAUGUGCCAGCCCUCUUCAUCUCCAUGCAAGCUGUGCUGAGCCUCUAUGCAACAGGACGAACUACAGGAGUUGUGUUGGACUCAGGGGAUGGGGUCACCCAUGCAGUUCCUAUUUAUGAAGGAUUUGCCAUGCCCCACUCCAUUAUGCGGAUUGAUAUAGCCGGGCGUGAUGUCUCCCGUUUCCUUCGUCUCUAUCUUCGGAAGGAAGGCUACGAUUUCCAUACAUCAUCUGAAUUUGAGAUUGUCAAAACCAUAAAAGAGAGGGCUUGUUACCUGUCAAUAAACCCACAGAAGGAUGAGACAUUAGAAACAGAGAAAGCUCAGUAUUACCUUCCAGAUGGAAGCACCAUUGAGAUUGGCCCUGCCCGAUUCCGAGCCCCUGAGCUGCUGUUCCGACCAGACCUGAUUGGGGAGGAGUGUGAGGGGCUGCAUGAAGUCUUGGUGUUUGCAGUUCAGAAGUCUGAUAUGGACUUGAGGAGAACGUUGUUCUCCAAUAUUGUGCUCUCUGGAGGCUCAACACUCUUCAAAGGUUUUGGCGAUAGGCUUCUGAGUGAAGUGAAGAAAUUGGCCCCCAAGGAUGUCAAAAUCAGGAUAUCUGCUCCUCAGGAGAGAUUGUAUUCUACGUGGAUUGGUGGCUCCAUCCUGGCCUCUCUGGACACCUUUAAGAAAAUGUGGGUUUCCAAGAAAGAAUAUGAAGAAGAUAGUUCCCGGGCGAUCCACCGGAAAACCUUCUAACCCAAGGGCAUCCUGAAGUCUCCUCGGAGAUCUGUCCUUGUUUUUAACUCACUUUUCUGAGUCUGAGUGUCUGAGGAGCUCCUCGUUUGUGUGCGUGCGUAUGGGUGGAUGGUUCCAGCAUGCUCUGGGCUUCCUCAGAGCAAAAGGGAGCCUGGUUUUUGACUUAACUUCUGCUUGCUCUUGUGGGAAGCAGGUGAGAAAUUGGAAUGAACCUUACUGGAACAUGUUUGUUUUUAGUUGGUCCUUGAACUUUUGGGGAGGGAGUGCAUUUCUCACAGAAGACAAAAAAGGAUGGCUCAGAAACUGAGCAGCUAAGCUGGACAGGAAGAGAACAGUUGGAAACCAGUUGGUGUUUGGGUUCCAAAUGGUCAGUCUAGUAACAUGAGCCAGGUUGAAGAUCUGUCACAGAAACUGAGCACAGAAACCACCUAUCGCCUAAUUCUCCAUUGCUCAGCGGUUGUUUUGUUUUUAGGUGGAUCACUUUUCUCCCUUAUCCUUUUUUUUUUAACCCAAAAGAGAAUAAGCACAUUUUGAGCUGUUAAACCCCCUACUUAUUACUGUGUGUGUGAACGUGUGUUAAAACCUGAGGUUGGUAUGUGAGAAUCUAAACCAAGACAAGGCAGUUGGAACAGUUAAUUUUAGGAACUAGUUUGUAAUGCAUGGUGUAGAACAGGAACACCCUUCCUCUGGUCUAUUCUAGACUGUCCUUGUCUUAGCAUCCUGUAGCGGAGACAGUCGCCUGUUGUGCAGCCAAGUGUGUCUUGGCCCUGCUCAUCUCCCCCGCCCCACCAUCCUGCCUCAUGUGUAUUAUAAGAUUUACAGUGUUUAUGCUUUCUGUAAAAAGCUGAAGCUUUAUGCCUAGGCCUUGCAUCCUGCACACAGGGCUAUUCAACCAUCCUUGUAGGGAAGCCAGGUAAUGUUUUCUAGUACUAUUUUAUUUAUUGAAAAACUUGAUGGAAACUGAAGUAUUAACUAGACCAAUUGUUUGUUCCCUAUUUUUUCUCUUAUACACAGUCCUAUAAUGCUACUCUCCCCCCCACACACACACACACACUGCUUAGCACUAACAGUGACAUUCUAACUAUCAUUAUUUAGUACUGUGGGGUCAGCCACAAAACCACUCCCACUUGGAGUACCCUGUUACUGCUGGAGGGGCUGUUUUCCAUGAAUGUAAUGCAGGAGGGAACAAAAUUCUGGACUGGAAUUCUUAAGAAGUUCAGUAGUGACCUCCUUUGGGAGGAGGCCAUUCCACAGUUGGGUUCAUCCCUUUGGCUAUUUCUGCACUGCUACAGAAUGGAAAGGGUCAUAUGUUGCUUUGAAUUGUGGCUUUAAUUUUUAUAGUUUUUUUUUAAAUACAUGUGUUUUGGUGCUUCUAAUUUUUAAGCUUUCUCUUUUUAAAAAAACACUGCUGCUGAAAACCAAAUACUGUAUAUUUUUGGCCACUUUAGUAUUAGAAGACAUUGCAGCAAGAUGCUAGCCUUAUGUCUACUUAUAGCCAAAUGUGGGCAGAAACAUUGCAAAAGGAAGCAAGAAUUGAGGGACUUGAUCUUCCAGAUGUCAACAAAGCAUUGUCCUUUGUGCACAUCUUCUGGAUGUGGUUGCAAGCCUUUGUUUUGCUCUUGGUGGUCCCUGCCAUUCUCAGAAAACUUCCUCAGGGCUGGAAUAGGCAAGUAGGACUUUAAGAUGCAUCCUGCCUCUGUUUCAGGAGCUGUGUGGAGGGGAAGAUCUCAUAGCCUGUUCUGUAGAGGUGGUUAAAAGGCAGUGCAAUCUUGUGUGUUAUGCAACAGCCCUCACAGUGUUUUCAGAAAAAUAAAACCCCAGAGUAAGAUCUUGCAAAUGAAAAUGUGAGAUUAACAGUGCCAUCCUUAGCCAAAGUUAUACACUUCUAAGUCCACUGGCUUAUAGGGGUGUAACUCUGGUUUAGAAUUGCACUUUAAUGCAGGCACAAUAUAAGUUUUCCCUAUUUCUUUCCUAGUAUAAGAGCAGGUGAACCAGAGUAGUUAUUCUGGGACUCUCUGGUUUCAGGUUAAGUGCCUAGCUCUUGAGGAUAGGAGAUGGUGGACUGAACUGAAUGAGAGAAGCUGAGUGAUCCCUCUGCACCCCUUCAUAAUUUGUGUUUAGCUAAAGGGUAUCUGUUACUUCCUGGGUUCCUCUUCCAGCAAGGAGGAUGGUCUUGAACUAAGUAACAGUGUGCUAUUAAUGAGCAAUAUCCCCACAGCCAUUUCCAUUUAUUUUUAGGUCUACAUAGCAUGACCCAUCAGAAGAUGCUUUGUGAAGAGGUGAGGAGACUCUGCCCAGGCAGCAAAUCCCAGGGGAAAUAAUGGUAGCUGUGGUUCUGUAGCUAUGCCUGAUGUCUGAGUCUGUUGAGGAAAUAAAUUGUUGAAGCACUGAGAGCAAGCAUGAAGCCGCUCUGCCGGAAUGCACUCAGACCAUCAUGUUUUUAAAAAAAAUCCUACUCAGUGCUGACAGAUAGAAAUGAGAUAUCUUUGUUUCUCUCCAUCCCCUUCCCUGGCAUAUGUAUAAUAUUUUAAAUUAUGACAAGUCAUGGACUUGCUUAUCUCAGAUGUACUCUGGGCGUCUAACCGUACAAUCCAGCACUCAGUUACUUCUGUCUAAGCCUAUUGAUUUCAAAGGGCAUAGAUAGAGAUAACUCUGCAAAGGAUUGCCCCAUAGGUCAGCAGGCAGUGGCAGGAGAACGUACCCUCUCUUGUGACUUUAGACAGUUGUCUUAUCCAAUGGUUUACAUUGAUGCCUCAUCACUUUUUAAAAUUCAGAAUGAAAUGAAGUUUCUCCUGGAAUAAGCCCGGUAGUGUAAGUCAUCGUGCUGGUCAGACUAUACUUUAAACAAGUUCAGCUGGAUUUAAAGGUUUGUUAUAUCCUUGGCUGAGAAGUUGGUCUGCCUUGGUGCUUAGAUUUUCGUUCCAGGUUCCCAGCAAGCAUGUGGCAGAGACUCAGGCUAGAGUGGCCAGUCUGAAUUUACAGGCAGGCAAAUUCUUUGCUUUCACAUGUUGUGUUUACUUGACAAUAGCUUGUAGCUCUGAAGCUGUUUGGGGUAUUUUUGUUAAUAGUGCUGAAUGAUAGAUUGGAAGUGACUUUAAGUGGACCAGUUACCAAGGGGAUAAUCCCAAUUACUAGCUUGUCAGUUUACAAGACCUACAGACUAUUGGUGUCACCUCAGAUGUUUUAUGGAGGACCAUACAAUGGCCUUUUUCCAUAGGUAAGCGAGACUGGCCUGUGCUUUUGCCUUAUGAUACAAGAAUGUUGUAUUUUGUUUGAACUAUCUAGGUGUCUGGUAUUUUAGAGGCCUUGAUUUUUAUCUGGAACUGAGUGGCUUUCUAUGCUUUCUAGUAGUUUCUUGAAAACAAAGGAGUUUAUACUUUUCAAAGACAUUUCCAAUUGCUUUCAUGGGGGAACAGUUACUUACAAUGUGGGGCCAGUGCAUGGUACCUUAUACUGGCAGAGGUGACCAUGAGCAACUCUUGGCUUAGUUUAGUCCAUGUUUAGGUUGGUACGUAUGGGGAAAUAGAAGGAAUGUUUAUUACGUCCUUAAGUUGGUUCCUGCUCCUUCUCGUGAUUUUUUCCUUGUUUUGACCUCCAUUUUCAGAAGCAGUGAUGUUGAUAAACUGACAGGUGCUUUUUACAGGCUAGCAUUGGUACUAUCUGCUUGACACUGUACCUUGCACAUGAGUGCAAACCACUGCUGGAUGCUGCCCAACAUACUUAAAUAAACUUGUUAAUA